AUGGCAACAAUCCCCAAAACCCAACAAGCGGCCCAAGUCGUCUCUCCAGGCGAAGCAUUCCACAUCUCCAUUAGCGAUGACAUCCCAGUCCCUGAACCAGGUCCGAAUGAAGUUCUCGUCAAACUGAGCUGUACUGGUCUUUGCCACUCCGAAGUCCGCGCAGUCCUAAACUGGGCCUCCUACAACCCCGUAAUCGGGCACGAAGGUAUCGGCACGAUAAUCAAAACACACACUACCCUGGCCCCUUCUGUGGCCUCUGUCGGGGAGCGAGUAGGCGUCAAAUGGCUGUAUAGCGCAUGUCGUGAAUGCUCCGUGUGCAGAAAGGGGUAUUACCACAACUGCGCGCGGCAGGCUAAUACGAGUCGGCAUGUACCGGGGACGUUGCAGCAGUAUGUUGUUGCCGAUGCAAGGUUUUUGACGAGGAUACCGGCGGCAUUAAAGGAGGAGGUUGCGGCGCCGCUGUUGUGCGCGGGUUUGACCAUGUCUGGUGCGUUCUCUAGGCUUGAUACAGAUGCAAAUAUUUUUCUACGGGGUGGUGCGAAGAAGGAGGAUUUUUGGGUGGUUAUUUCUGGUUCAGGAGGUGGAUUGGGUCAUAUCGGAGUGCAGAUCGCAUCGAGAAUCAAACAUUAUCGCGUUAUUGCGAUUGAUACGGGAGACGACAAGCGACAGCUCAGUUUGGACUGCGGCGCUGAAGCCUUCAUUGACUUCAAGACGGAACCAGACGUCGCUUCGAGAGUUCACGAGUUGACCGGUGGAGAAGGCGCGCAUGCUACGAUUGUUGUUCCGGGGACAAAAGCGGCGUUUGAGAUGGCGCCGUCUGUGGUCAGGAAUAUGGGGACGAUCGUUUGUGUGGGGUUGCCGAGGAAUGAUGUUGAGUUGCCUAUUUCUGCGACUAUAUGCGCGGCUCGGGGAAUAUCAAUCAUAGGAUCCUCCGUUGGCAGUGAGGAGCAAAUGACGGAGUUGUUGCAACAUGCCCUGGCUGGCCUGAUUAACCCUGUGGUCAAGGUUUAUGAGUUCGAGGAUGCGGCGAGUCUUAUUCGCAAGUUUAUAGAUGACGCUAUUACGGGCAAGGUGGUGGUCAAGAUUCCGCAGUGA